ACUGAAGAAUUUUUAAAUGUCCAGAAAAAGGAAAUUGCAAAUGGCGUCUUGAGUACCGAGUGCCGAUUAUCAUGUGAACAGGUUAGAACCUCGAAAAUUGAUUUUGAGAGUAAAUUACAUGUAAAAGGUUUCGCUAUAACAAAGGUAUCGCAAAAGAAGACGUAUUAACAUGAACGCAGUGCCAGGAACAGCGUCUUUGCUCGAAGAACUUGACAAAAAGCUCAUGGUCUUGCUUCGCGAUGGCAGAACUCUAAUUGGUUAUCUGAGAAGCGUCGAUCAGUUUGCUAAUCUCGUACUUCAUCGUACAAUCGAGAGGAUCCACGUUGGUAAAGAAUAUGGAGACAUUCCGAGAGGAGUAUUCAUAGUUAGAGGAGAGAAUGUGGUACUUCUGGGAGAAAUAGAUAGGGAAAAAGAAAAGGAUUUACCAUUAUCCGAGGUGUCUGUGGAUGAUAUUUUGGAUGCUCAAAGGCGGGAGCAAGAAUUAAAGCAAGAUCAAGAACGAUUAAUGAGCAAAGCUCUGAAGGAGCGUGGUCUUUCGUAUAUUCCUGAUUUAGGACACGACGACAUGUUCUGACCCGUCUCUGUAUUUUUAAUCUAUGCAAUUUCAUUAUCUGUCUUACAUUAAGUUAUUUGCAUACAUCAGUGAUAUUCAUUAUUAUAGUAGAAGAAACAUUGUACAUAAUGACGGUAAACAAGGCAUCGAAUAUCAAAUGCGCAAUGUCUGAAUAAUAGGAUGGUCUCCUGGAAACUAUUGAUAACAAUGAUUUUGUAUUCUUUGUAGAAAUAAUCAUUUUUGAAAUUAAAUUGUUAAUUUCCUACAAUGUUUUUGUACACAACGGAUUUAUGAAAUGCAACGAGGAGGGAAAAAAAGUAACUUACCUCGGUGUAAAUUAAUUUUUGAAUUGCAGUUUUAUUUUACUAAAAUAUUGUCACUUAUGUUCGUUUCCUUCCGUCCUUAGAGUAAGUUACAGAAUGAAAGUGAUCGAAAUACUUGUCACAUAUCACUCACAAUGAUCACAAUAAUAAUCACACAUUUUAUUUGGAAUUCCAUAUGGAAAAAUACGCGUUAAUUAUUGUCCCAAAUUAUUUGUUUAGCGGCACUUUUUGGUAAUCAAUAAAAAAAUUCAUAUAGCAAACAAUUGCUAAAAAAAACUGAAUAGUUAUUACAUUAUUUAAUUUUUAGGACCUCGCUUAUACCGAAAAAUGUACAGUAACAAAUGCAAGCCUACUAAAAACAA